AUGAACAAUGAGCACUCUUCGUCGCGGUCGCCCAGGAGGCUGGGUGCCCUAUCCAUAGCCGUUUUUCGAAAAACCCUUGAUGUAUAUCUUGCUCCUGAUUGUAAAAGUAAGGAAAAACUACGAGAGAAACUUGUUAAUGAAACAUUUCCAUUUUAUUUUUCAAAACUAGAUAAAAUGGUAUUGGACAAUGGAGGAUUUUUUGUUGGUGGGCAGCUUUCAUGGGUUGACAUCUUCUUUACGUCUGGAGUUGAAGGAUACAAUGUAGUUGGAAUGGAUGAAGAUCUUCUCAAGAACUACCCUAAUCUCUCUGAUCUAAAUAAAACUAUUCGAUCGUUGCCUGCAAUUCAGUCUUGGCUAAAUAAACGACCAUUCUCUGCAUUUUGAUUAAUAUGUUGUUAUAUGAAGUUGUAAUUAUAUAGUUAUAUGAAAAUGAGUUAUAUGAAGUAUUAUUUAUAAUUUAUUUUUCUCAAAAUGUAUAUUAGCAAUUAAAUUCUGUCAGUAGUAUGUCAUUCUUCAGAAUUUCUAAAGAUAUAAUUUAGGUAUUGCUUUGCUUUAUUUGAUGGGGCAGAUUGAAUUUCGGGGUUUCAAAUUAAUUUUCAUAAAAUA